AUUUCAUCUCAGGUCACCAUGGACAAAGCUGCGCUGAGACUAACUUUAUUUGGCCUUCUGUUCACCUGUGUCAACUUGGCUGCAGAAAAGAAAAAAAUAGACAUUUACAGCUUCCACAUCAACUGUACAGUCACCGGCCGCUACGCAACCACAGUCAUCACAAGUCGUGUGGCAAAUGUUUUGAAUAAGUCUCAAGAGGUCAAUUUUGAAGUCCAAAUACCCAAGAAUGCCUUCAUUAGUCAGUUCAGAAUGACCAUCGAUGGGAGGACAUAUGAUGCAAUUGUGAAGGAAAAAGAGGAAGCUCAGCAGGAAUACAGUCAAGCCGUAUCGCGAGGAGAAAGUGCUGGAUUGGUCAGUGCUGUUGGACGGACUUUAGAGGAAUUUAAAACAUCAGUGACAGUGGCUGCAGACAGUAAAGUAACCUUUGAGUUGACCUACGAGGAACUUUUAAAGCGCCGUCUUGGCAAAUAUGAGCUGCUCAUCAACGCCCAACCAAUGCAGCCGGUGGCGGACUUUAAGAUUGACGUACACAUUCAUGAGAGCGCUGGAAUUUCACUCUUGGAGGUCAAAGGUGGUCUGAACACUAAGGAUCUGGCGAAUGCAGUCACUACCACCAGAGCACAGCAAGAUGCAUGGGUGAAAUUCUACCCCACUCGUGACCAGCAAAAGGAUUGUGACGACUGUACUAAAAACGGUCUCAAUGGCAACCUGGUCAUUAUGUAUGAUGUUGAAAGAGUAAAACAAAGUGGAGAUUUCAAGGUAGCAAAUGGCUACUUUGUCCACUACUUCGCACCUACAGAUGUUGAACGCAUUCCCAAAAACGUGGUAUUUAUUAUUGAUCAAAGUGGUUCUAUGCAAGGCAAUAAAAUAGAGCAGACUCGAAUGGCAAUGCUGAGGAUUUUGAGUGACCUUGCUAAAGAUGACUACUUCGGGUUGAUCACGUUCAGCAGUCACAUUGAAGCCUGGAAACCAGAACUACUGAAAGCGACUGCAGAAAAUGUGGAAGAAGCAAAGACAUUUGUGAAGCAAAUUAGGAGUGGAGGAGCUACAGACAUAAAUGGUGCUGUGCUAAAUGCUGUAAACAUGAUCAACCAAUACACACAAGAGGGAUCCGCGUCCAUCCUGAUCCUGUUGACAGAUGGAGACCCCACUUCAGGUGUGACCAACCCAGUGACGAUUCAGCAAAAUGUGAAAACGGCCAUCGGUGGAAAAUAUCCUCUGUACUGUUUGGGUUUCGGGUUUAAUGUCCGCUUUGAGUUUCUGGAAAAGAUGUCAUUGGAAAAUAACGGCGCUGCUCGCAGAAUUUAUGAGGAUUCUGAUGCGGAUCUUCAACUGCAGGGCUUUUAUGAAGAAGUGGCCAUUCCACUUUUGACCAAUGUCCAGCUUAACUACCAAGGAGUGGCCAAAGUAACCCAAACCACUUUCAGCCAGUACUACAAUGGAUCUGAGAUUGUGGUGGCCGGUUAUAUAACUGAUAACAGUUUGGAAAGUUUGACGACUGAGGUCAUUGCAUUAUCGAAAAGCACUAAGGUGGUAUAUAAUGACAGUGUACUCACAGACGAUUUCGAAAAUGACGGACUUGAACACGGCAACUACAUUAGUAGAUUAUGGGCCUUUCUCACAGUGAAGCAGUUACUGGCGAAAACCAUGCUCCUAAAAGGCCAGGAAAAAGACAACGCAAAGAAAGAAGCCCUUGAUCUUUCUCUCAAGUACAAAUUUGUCACACCACUUACAUCGAUGGUGGUCACCAAGCCUCAGGGAGACGAAGUGCAGGUUGCGGUCAAACCCAAUGAAGAAAAGAGACAUUCAUCAGGAAGGAAACAAACGUCCAAGGACAGCACUAGAAUGCAUUUAGCAGCCAGUCCAGAUAAUAUGCAUUAUUUUAAGACCCCUACAAGGCAUCACCAUGGUAGCAGAAACAAAAUCGCCUCACAAAGACCCAUUCAACAUAGUUUCAGAAAGAUUCCAAUAUUUGCACCUGAUUAUCAUGACUUAUUUGAUGCUGAAUUAGGUAUGUGGUACCAAUUACCAAAAACAACUCAGAAACCUCUGGCAACCUCUCCUCCAUGGAAGAGCAUUAGGAUCUUGAAAUCUUCUGGUAAUGCUCAGCCUAUUUGUUAUGACGUUCCUUUUGCUCUUAAUGUCAGACUUCAACAGAAUGACCCAACAGAAUUCUAUAUGAAUGGGGAGCUUGAGGCGAUGGGAGGGAAAGGUUUCAAACAAAUUGACAUUUCUUACAAAACGAAUCACCAGCUUCGGCUCAGCGCUACUAAAAUUGACUACUCUUAUGGGUCGGAGUCAAUGACGUUUUCUUGGGAUCAAGAACUCACCCACCAUGAGACAGAACAUGUAUCUCUGGUUCUGAGGAGUAAUGAAAUGGACGUUACGAUGGGAAACAUGCGCAUUGUCAUUCUUCUUCAUAAAGAAGAUGGUAGUGUUUUUCUCUGGCCUGCAGUUCUUCAGCAGCCAAAAGAUGUCAGUUCAUCUGGCAUUUUAGGAGAAGCUGAGGUUUCAUAUGAGGUGAUUCUGGGAUUGCAAACAUCAAUACUGAAGCUGAAGGACCAGGUAGUGAAGGCAUCUUGGGUGACAAUGAAGGACUACAGGCUUCCUGCUGCUCCUGUCAUUGGAUGUUGGCUUGUCCCGUUUGAAGCUGUCACGCAGAAGACGAUCUCUGAUUUUGCCAUCACUCAGCCGUAGAUUCAGCACAACUUACUACAUCAUUCAUAUCAAGCAUUAUCAUCUGACCUAGUAUCUAGUCUGUAUUAUGGUCACUGUUAAUGUUUAAAAAGCUGUGAAAUCUGCAGCAUGCCUUAAUAAUGUGAAAAAUAUCACAUUAAUAUGAUAUAAAAUCUAACAUUGCCUAUAAUUUUUUUUGCUUUAAAUUUUUUUGCUGGUCGUUCAAACUACUCAUUUAAAAAUGUGAUAAAACAGCAAUUAGCAUUACCUAUAAAAGUAGUCAUGUAUACACAAAGUAACAUUUUAAUUGGUGCUGCUGAUAUGAUUUUUAAAAAUAUGCAUGUUUUGUGGUUCUGUCUGAAAAUAAAAGCUUAGCACCAAACA